AUGGCUGCUCCGAACGAAAAGACGAGUGGCAUCCUAACUGAAGCUGCUCCUGAUGCUCCAGCAGUUGGACAGCCUACAGCUGGGCCCAGCCCAGAGUUGGCGAAUAACUUCGAAGAUGAAAAACCUACGCAUGAAUUCAACGAACAGACGAACUAUGUCCGUCCAAGGACUAUUAUCACAAUCUUCCUGGCUUGCGCCAGCGUGGAUCUCGUCGCCCUCAUGGACCAGACCACGCUCGCAGCUAGUCUCAAUAUCAUCGGCAACUCUCUCAAUGCCAGUAAUCAGACAGCGUGGAUUGCCAGCGGUUACUUCAUAACAUCCACUGUCGGCCAGCUCCUCUACGGACGGCUGUCGGAUAUUUGGUCGCGGAAAGUAAUCCUACUCAUUGGCUUGGCGAUCUUCUUCACCGGAUCUCUCGCCAGUUCAGUCUCAAAUACUGGGACCCAACUCAUCGUCUUCCGAGCUUGGACGGGUAUCGGAGGCGGCGGUUUGAUGACCGUCGCUCAAAUGAUCGUGAGCGAUGUGGUGCCGCUCAGGGAAAGGGGCAAGUAUCAGGGCAUCUUGGGUUCUGUAGUUGCUAUUGCAAAUGGAAUAGGGCCAGUCAUCGGCGGAGCUCUUGCUUCCCAGUCCAAAGACUCAUGGAGAUGGAUCUUCCGACUCAACAUGCCACUCACUCUUCUAUGUACACUCUGCGUCAUCUUUUUCAUGCCGCUUAGGAAGGUGGAAGGCAACUGGAAACUCAAGCUCAAAGCUGUCGACUUUGUUGGAAGCUUCCUUGCUUUGGCUGGAACAACCGUACUCAUGCUCGGCUUGACGUGGGGUGGGGGUGACCAUCCGUGGAACUCAGCGCACGUCAUUGCCACUCUCGUAGUGGGAUUCUUCGUCUGUAUCGGCUUCAUCCUGUGGCAGUGGAAAGGCGCCAAGUUUCCUCUCGUGCCAUUACACAUUUUCAAGUCGAAGAUCGCGAAUGGCGCAUGUAUCACCAUGGCAAUCAACGGAUGGAACUUUGUCGUCCAGGUCUAUUACAUCCCCGCCUUCUACCAACUAGCCUACGGGUACUCGGCAACGAAGUCCGGCGCCAUGCUUCUCCCAGUCACUUUGACGCAGACGCUUUUCAGCACGUUGGCAGGUCUCGUAGUACACAAGGUCGGGCGCUACCGAGAGUGCAUCCUGCUGGGUUGGGUGAUGUGGGCCGUAGGCAUCGGUUUGAUGUCGACACUCGACGAGUUUUCAAGCGUGGGGAAGCAAGUUGGAUACUCGCUACUUGUUGGUGCAGGCGUUGGCAAUACAUUACAGCCGGCACUGAUCGCGAUCCAGGCCGGUGUGAGUAGAAGGGACAUGGCUGUGGUUACCUCGUUCAGGAACUUUAUACGUAAUUUCGGAAGCACUAUUGGGCUUGCCAUCUCCGGGACCAUCAUCAAUAAUAUCCUGGCAAGCAAUAUAGCUAGCCUUGGGCUGGGAGAUGACGAGUCUCGGAAGCUGCUCGCAAAUCCUCAGCAAGUGCUGUCCAGCCUCCCUCAAGCCGAGGCACAAAGGCUAAGGGCUGCAAUCUUGCCUGGCUACAGAAGGGCAUUUCGUAUCAUCUUCCUGGUCAUGGCAGGGCUUGCGGCCGUCGCAUUCUUUGUAGCGUUCUUCUUGAUGCCACAAGUAGAAUUGAGCAGGCCUGACGAUGCCAAGUUGAAGGAGGAGGCCCGUGGAAAGGAUGACAAAACGCCAGUCGAUGAGACGGAAACAAAGGCUUGA